UGAACCUGACCUCCACACCUUCUGCAACGAUGUCCAAAGAACCGACACGGUAUCAGUACUCAAACAAACUUUCGUACCAGUCGAAUGUCCCAGCUUUCUUGCAGAGGCUACAGAACAAGGUGUCGGGCACUGCCAACGACGAAGAUGAUGAUGAUGAGUACGAGCAUGAUGGCAGUGGCCGUCCACCGAUCCCCAGGAGGCCUCCGAUACCUACGCGUCCCGACGACGAGCCAGGAAUUGCAGGCGAAGAUGACCAAGACGACGAGGCUCCGCAGAUCGUGGUGUUAAAGGAAGGGAAACACUUGUCCGAGCGGGAGGUUGAGAACGAGAAACGUAAGGCAAAAGGGCUUCCUCUGCUUCCCGAAGGGGACGAGUCCUCCGCACCGCCGGACGAGAAGCAGCCCGCAGCAAAGCCACAAGAUACCAACAGGACAAAGACUCAGUCGUUAUCAUUCUCAUCCGGCGGCUCAGCUGCGAAGUCAACUUCCAAGAAACGAAAGGCCGUCGGUAGCGCAGAUGACGACAAUGACGACAAUGCUGCCACUAGCAAAGCAAGCAAGAGUGGCAAGAAGCCGAAGAAGAACCAGAACUCGAAGAAGUUGCUUUCGUUCGGCGAUGAUGCGUAGCCUAGACUCGGAGACUGCUAGACUUUUCUGAAAUAGCCAUAAUCAGGCAUAGUUGUAUGUUCUA